CUGGCAUCCAGACAUGGGCCCUUCGUUACGCUCUAGGAUUACCGUCUGCCUGGUCAUCACCUUGGCUCAGGUGAUCGCCGUGACCUGCCAAGAAGAUACCAAGAAAGAUUCCUGCACAGAAAAUGGAAAAGUCUACGCCAACAACGACAUGUGGAACCCAGAGCCGUGUCGGAUCUGUGUGUGCGAUAUGGGGACCGCCACUUGUGAAGACGUGGUAUGUGAGGACCUCGGCGACUGUGAGAAAACUGUGACUCCAGAGGGCGAGUGUUGCCCUGUGUGCUUGACUGCAGCCUCAACGCUGACUCCCAACACAGACCCCGCAACAGCUGUGGAUGAGAAGAAAGAAAGCUGCACGGUCGAUGAGACACUCUACCAUCACAACGACAUCUGGAAACCAGCGCCAUGUCGCGUGUGUGUCUGCGACAAUGGCGUCGCCAUCUGCGACGAGGUCCAGUGUGAACUGCUGCCAAACUGUGAGAAGGUCGUCACACCUGAGGGAGAGUGCUGCCCCGUUUGUGAAACCUUUGCCAGUGCCAGCAGGAUGAUAGAAAUUUUGGGCUUCAAGGGACAGAAAGGUGAACCAGGUGAUAUCCCAUAUGUGGUCGGGCAUCCUGGACAUUCGGGACCAGCGGUGGGUUUUUACAGGUUUUUACCGUUAGUGUGUUUAAAUUAACACAAGUGUCUUUGUCAUCGGUGACACAACAUUGUUAAAUUUCUGGCCAGUAUGGGGAUUGAACCCAUGACCUUGGCGUUAUUAGCACCACGCUCUAACCA